AUGGCAGCUGCCGUGGAACUGCUGCCGCCACCUGAAGGCAUACGCUUUAUGAUGUCCUUCACAUAUUUGAUACUGUCGAUCAUUGGCCUCAUCCCUAACAUUAUUCUCGCUAUAACACUGAUCAAGAUUGGCUCGAUGCCGAAGCAGAAAAUGUUCGUUCUGUUGGCGGAGCAGAUUCUCAUCAGCGAUUUCUGUCAGCUCUCGUCUCAACUGUUCGUCGCAUUUCCGCUAUCGUUCUAUGGCCAAAAUAUCUUCGAGGGAACUCCGGCCAUUUGGGUAUAUAAUGUGGUGAAUUUCCUUGAUACUGUAGGCUACAAUGGUGUUCUUGACUUUACUUUUCUAAUGGCCGUAAAUCGUCUCACGGUUUUCAUGGCGCCGGGUCUCCAUUCAAUGCUCUUCGACAGCAGUAAUAUCAAAAAACAACGAUUACCAAAUUCAUCUCCUGCUCAGAAAACCAUAAAAGACGACCAAAGUACGGUGGCUUACGCUGUUAUUAUCUCAUUCUUUAUCGAACUUCAAACACUAUCGUUCACACUUCUUCCGAUGAUUGGCCACGGAAAUAACCGAUUCUACUCAAGCCUCGCACAGAACGUUAUCAGCAUCAUGAACAACUCAUCCAGUCCCUAUGUGUACUUCUUCUUCAACAGUCAGAUUCGUGCAGGGAUACUGGCGCUUGUACGCUGUAAAUCGCCGAAACAACAAGCUCAAGCUGUAGUCACUACCAUAUCGCAAGCAGGAAAAAGUCAGGCGUCAUGA